UGGAGGAUCAACCAUCAGCUUCUAUGAGUCUCUGUCAACCAGAAAAAGGGUUCUCAUGGGGUUUUUGACAUUUAGUGGGAGAGUGGUGGAAGAAUUUGGUAGAGGACCCACGUUGAGAGAAAUCAAAGCACAAAGCAUUUUGAGCAUUAAAUUCAAUGCAAUUCGAUUAUUGCAUACAACAACAACCUCUUCCAAUAUUGGGUCUGGGUUUUUGAUUCCUUCCAUCUUGAAAAUCUGUCUUAUUUUGUGGCCUUUAAGGAAAAAGGCAUAGUAGAUAAGAAAAAUCCCAUUUUUCUGUUACCCUUUUCGAAUUGGGACCUGAAUUCUGCGUAGGAGUUUAGUAGUUGGCUUCCUCUUUUACUCCUCUUGUGUACUGGACUGGUUGGUUAACUGACUCUGAUCAAAGAAAGGUCGAGUCUUUGAGGGAUUUGCAGGGUGGGGAAAAAUCUUUUUUGGGUCCCCAUAGGAGUCAUAGGUGACCAUGCAUCUUAGGAAUUGGGAAUUUUAUCUGAUCUGGGAUUCAUCAGAUUCUGCAGAUUCUUAAACCUGUUUCAGAGACAGGAAAUAGUUUUGGCAGCCCUGGCAAGUAAGAGUUCUUGCAUGGGUUGGCUGACUAAGAUUCUGAAAGGUUCCAGUCAUAAAGGGCACUAUCAUGGUAAAUAUGGACAUGAAAGAACAUGGGAUGAGCCUCGAAAUUCAGUGGAAGAAGACAUAGAUUGUGCUAUUGCAUUGUCCCUUUCCGAACUAGAUCAGAAAGGGAAGAGUAUAGUCGAGGACUCUCAAUCAGUGGAUGACGAACAGCCUGCUAAAGUUGAAUCAGAUGAUGAUGAAUCACCUGCCAAGGUUGAAUCUGAGGAUGAUGAACCACCUGCUAAAGUUGAAUCAGACCAUGAUGAACCGGCUGCCAAAAUUUCAUAUGAGGAAGAUGAUGAAAGUGCUAAAGUUCAACUUGAGGAAGAUGAACAACUUGCAAUGGCCAUUCAGGAAAGUUUGAACGUGGAUUCUCCUCCUCGACAUGACACUGGCAGUACCUUUCAACCAUAUCCAUUCUUCAAUACAGCUGGGAACAGCAGGAUAUGUGCUGGCUGUAAACUUGGGAUUGGCCAUGGAAGACACUUGAGUUGUGUUGGCGCUGUUUGGCAUCCAGAUUGUUUUUGUUGCCAUGCUUGCAAUCUUCCAAUUACUGAUUAUGAGUUUUCUAUGUCCGGGAAUCAUCCCUACCACAAAUCCUGCUACAAGGAGAAGCAUCAUCCGAGAUGUGAUGUUUGCAAGAGCUUUAUCCCAACAAACUCAGCUGGUCUUAUUGAGUAUAGGGCGCAUCCUUUCUGGCUACAAAAGUACUGCCCCUCUCAUGAGCGUGAUAAGACUCCACGGUGUUGUAGCUGUGAAAGAAUGGAGCCAAGGGACACAAAAUAUUUGUUACUUGAUGAUGGUCGAAAGCUAUGUCUAGAGUGUCUAGACUCGGCCAUUAUGGAUACUCAUGAAUGCCAACCCCUUUACCUUGAAAUACAAGAAUUUUACGAAGGUUUGAAUAUGAAAGUGGAACAGCAAGUUCCAAUGCUCUUGGUGGAGAGACAAGCACUAAACGAGGCCAUGGAGGGAGAAAAGAAUGGUCAUCAUCACUUGCCCGAGACCAGAGGCCUCUGCUUAUCAGAGGAACAGACUGUUACAACCAUUAAAAGGAGGCCAAGGAUUGGAGCGGGCUACCGGAUGAUAGACAUGAUAACUGAGCCUUAUACACUGGUUCGUCACUGCGAAGUGACAGCAAUUCUCGUAUUGUAUGGCCUUCCUAGGUUAUUGACAGGGUCGAUUCUUGCUCAUGAGAUGAUGCAUGCAUGGCUCCGGCUCAAAGGUUAUCCAAAUUUGAGCCCAGAGGUUGAAGAAGGUAUCUGCCAAGUGCUAGCACAUAUGUGGCUCGAAGCAGAGACGUAUUCUGCGCCUGGUAGUGAUGUUGGAACAUCAUCUUCGUGUUCCUCUUCCUCCUCCGCAUCCUCUUCUAGUUCGGGAUCAUCUAAGAAAGGUAAACGAUCCGACUUUGAGAAGAAACUUGGUGACUUUUUUAAACACCAAAUCGAGUCAGAUUCAUCCACAGCUUAUGGAGAAGGAUUCAGACAAGGUAACCAAGCAGUACUCAAGUAUGGCCUAAGGAGGACUCUUGACCAUAUUCGAAUCACAGGAAGCUUUCCCUGACCUUGUAGAAAGUGAAGAUACAAAGCGUUAAUUAAUACCACAUAAAAUCCGUACCCUGGCUUUGCCAGUUUGAUUCUAUAGGAUUAUAAUCUAUAUACAUAUUAAAAAAGAGAAAGCAAAAGAAAAGGCUCAUUUUUAUGUAAUCUCCUGAACAGUUUGGAUAACAUAGAAAAUGUUUUCAAGGGACUCAUUUCUAUACUAUUACAUUACAACCAAGCUGCUGAGGAGAAUUUGAAACAAAAGGAAUGAUUCUG